AUGAGCUCUAGUUCAGCUUUGUGGUUAUUGCUACUUUGGGGUAAGUUGAAAGCACCCGUGCACGUGACUUUUUUUUUUUCUUUUUUUAUAACAGCUUGCUUUUUUUAUCAAGACUAAGUUGGAUUAAAUUACGUGUUCCGCUCAUAUCGACGAACUAGUAAGGCGUGAUCCUUAAAUAGUACUUCCUGUUAGCUUCAGUCUUUUAACUAAAACAAGUAAAACAGAUAUUGAAUAAAUGAGAUUAUAUUUUCACUUUACGAUUGACAAAGUUUACUGUUAAGGAUGCAAAAUGUUAUUUAACGGCGCAGACAAGGACUGUCUAAAUCUUAUCCUGUAGUGAGUGAUAUGGUGAAGGUUUUCUUUAUUAAUAAGUGUGUGGUUAAAUAAGUAAAAUACUUAAAUUAGAGGAGAACUGAACAGGUGCCCCUCUGGUCCCUUUAGACUGCAUAAGCGCUAAACGGGAAUGUGAAGCGCUAAAGGAUAUGGUCUUUUUACUCAACUUUGAGUCUGAAAUAAGUAUAUUUCUUCGUCACUUUAAGAUCGGUGCCAAAGUGUGAAUUAGGGAAAGCGGGUUACGGUUACAGGGGGCCUUCCAGAAAAAGCCUCUGCGAAUUGUGGAUUGUUAUGCGUUUCUGGGCCUGAUCUGCUCACCUACAACUUCCCUAAGACGACAAUUUGUCCAGGGGUUCACUCCCAGAUCUCUGUACAGCUUCAGUUAUGCCUGUAUAACGGAAUUGGUCAAGCUAUUAAUUACUAAAUGCAAAUUGAACGUCAAUAUAAAACGUUUGACUGUUGACAAAUAACGUAAUCAUGGUUUAAACGAAUAUGUCCAAUUUUCACACCCUAACAAGAAACGGUGUUUGUUCCUAAAUUAUCGGUAAAUUCGCGUUGAGAAUAUAUUUUAUAAGAAUAUCGAGGCUGAAAUUUGCAAAAUUUUAAGAAUAUUGCAAGAAUAAACCCGAGGCAGAGAUUUUCGAUAGGAUAUAAUUUUAUAAUGUUGUUUUUCUGGUCUAGGCUAAAUAUUCCUAUUUUCUGCCGAAUUUAGGCUUAAAUAUUCUUUUAUUAUCCUUAAAUUGAAGCUUAACGGUUGAGAAAUCUGAAGUUUAUGUCAUUUCCGUUUUAACAUGUAUUGCAUAGAGUAUCCAAGGUACCGGUUCAACGAGCUGUUAUCAGAUUAGCACUGAGGAUUUGGCAUUAUUUGAAAUGCAGUGUUUUUGAGCGUGCUUUCUAGUUUUCCUGGUUUGAGAAAGAAAUAAUUAGUUAUACCCCUUGAGUUAAAAACACAUUUUUGAUGAACUAUAUUGAAAGGCCUUGAAAGGGAAAACCCCCUUUAUUAAUAUCGCAUCGCCAUUUCUCUCCCACUGAGUAAAACUUGAAAAUAUAAGAGGAGAUAUACGUCUUCCCUUUCAGAGAGAAAAAAGGUCGCUUGAGCAUCUGAACUAUUCAAGCCGGAAACUGUAAAUAUGCGCUGGAACUAUACUGAAACCAAGCUUUCAGCGAAUCUUUUGGCUCAGGCAAAGAUCAUGCAAACGGAUAUGAAAGUACUUUCGAUUUAAGGUUGAUCUUUCUUUCGUUAGCAUGAUGUUUUCAAGGUUUCAUCGAAACAGUUUAUAGGUUAUUCAGUCUUUAACUCUCUGUGAGUUUACAAAAAGUCAAAUGAAUUUAUGAAAUAUAGCUACAAUAGAUUGAUCUUGGAGGGUUUUACAUGUAAAGGGGGCUUCAUGAAUCCACCUUUAGCGGGGCCCUUAGUGUCCGGGUGAAAGCGAUAACUAUUACAUUAGUAGCAGUUCUUUGCACCAAAUACUGGCUAGUUUGAUAGUUCAAAACUUUUGCCUGAUGUAAGAGGAAAGGUAUCGCUUUGCCGUUGCUUGAGAAUAGGUUAUGUAAGGAAUGUCAAUGCAAAUUAUCGUUGGGCCAUUUCCAGUGCCAGUCUACAGCAGUUUCAAUUAAUUACGCUCUGAAACAGACGGUUGUCAAGUGUUUUACUAAGCUAUGUUGUCUAAAAGAUGAUAAGAGUCUAAUAACUGUCGGAGACUCGCGAAGGCAGACUAGAGUAUACACUGACAGUUACGUAUUAAAUAUGAUGUGUCUAAUUUAUUAUAUAUCGGUAUUGGUUUGCUUGUGAAAGUGAAAGUGUUAAAUUGCUAUUUUAUGCUCUCCCAACAGGAAAUUUGCUUCAUUACACAUCAGGUAGGAAUGAUGUUUUACAUGUUUCUCCGAUCGCAUGAAUUCCUCACUGAACGGGAACUUCCUGACUGUAUAGUUUUCCCGAGAAAUUCCCUUUCCCGGUGCAUUUCCGGCAAAGUGUAAUCAUGGUAGUUAGACUGUUCACAGGCCAGGCCCACUAUUGCGUAUUGUGUUACGGGCGGCCAUCUUGGAUAUGUUUCAAAUCAACUUAAGGGGAAGGGGACAGUUUGGAAGGAAGCGGGAAAAAUACCUGGAAAGAAAUUUUUCUCGCCUCCCUUCCCCGGCUGCGUCAAAAUUUCGACGCCCGUCCCCUCUGUACAUAUAUGAAACCAAGAUGGCCACACGUACCGCGCGGGUAAGCGCUCGAUCCUGACGAUCUUACGCAAAGGGGAUUGUGAAAAGUGUAGGUAAUAGCGACCUCCAAGAAACCAGACAUUUUUGCUAUCGAUGCAGUCAUUUUUACAAUACAGGAAACAAAGUAAAAGCAACAAUUUACUCACUCAGGAGCCCAUCCUGCUCACUAUGAUCGACUGAAACCAAGAGAGACUGAAUCAUUCUCUCUUGUUGAAACAAGUUUUGAUGGUAGAUACCACAGGUUAGGCAACCUCGUCAAACUUACAAUAAAACAUAAAUAGGAAAAGAAAUUUGAGGCUUAUACAACAGUAAAAGGAAUUGACUACUCAAUACAGAAUGAUUAACAAUUAUCUUGAUUUAUUAUAAGCGUACUGAGAUGUACUUACUGAGAAGCUCUCGUGAACGUUCAGACUCGCAAAUAAGUUAUGGUAUUUACAGCCCUCUCGUCAUUUAAUGGCGUCGGCAUAAAUACCUUACGCACACUUUUCAAACAGCUUUUUUACAUUUUGCCAUGUCUGCAUUUUUUAUUUAUUUAUUUAUUUAUUUAUAUUAUUUUAUUUUGUGUUCCUUUUCAUCUCAGGGAGGGAUCCGACUGUUUAAUGUCUCAUCAGUAAAGAAUAAUUAAUUUUAAUGGUAAAAUUGUACAGUGAAUUGAAAAAAAAAAACCCUUAGAGACCCCUUAAAGUUAGUAUCACAUCAUUUUUAUGACGUAUUUUUCAGGUUCUGCCAUAACACGGCAGGAGCGUUCCAUUAGAGGUGAUAUUCAGACACUGGAUUGUGAUGCAAUUGAAAAGGACCCAAGCAAAUACUAUGAAAUGUAUUGGAGAAUAAAAGGAGCCGACGGAGACAUCGGUUACUGUAACAGUGAAAGGAAAUGUUGGAAAAAGAAAAGUCAGCUUCUGGAAGACAGGAGGAUUCAGGUUGUAAACAUGUCCAGUAGCAACUUGAGCAUAAAACGCACCUUGCCACAGAAAACAACGGGUCACACUGUGACCAUUACAUGUGAAGUGCACAAAACUGACAACAAAAUCGAUAUAUCUGAAGUCAUGAUCGUUUAUUCUUUAGAGUGUAAGUAAGACUAUACGCAAAAUUUUUCAUAAUAAUUUUGAUUAUAGUGAUACUGAUAAUGACAAUAUUGAUAAUGACAAUGAUGAUAAUAUUAGUAAUAACAAUAAUGAUUGAUAAAAUGAUCAUACAGGAUUGCCAUCGAGGUAAACGGAACUUAAGCAUGGAUUGGGUGGAUGUUAAGAAGGCCUAUGACUAUCCGUUGAUCACAAGUGGCUAAACGAGAUUGUGGAAUUACACCGGUUCCCCAGCUAGCUCUGUAGGGCGAUCUGGAACCUCUGUGCAAACUGGAAUACUAGAAUCGCAGUUCCUACAAAGCAGGGAAAUGAGACUUCCUCGACCAUCAGAUUCAGUGAGAAUCUGCCCGAGGAAAACGCACUUUGCCCGCGUCUCGUCACUCUAUGUUUAAGACCCGGUUGCAUGGAAACUAAAUGUUACCGAGGGUAUAGGCUUAUAAGCUUAUAGGGACUAAGGUGACCCACUUGCUGUAUGUAGACGACCUUAAAGUGUUCGCUUCAUCUGAGAGCAAGAUAAGCAGGGUACUACGAUCAACCAGUACCGACAUGCAGGAUAGGUUAAUACUCAUCUCCAUACUCCAAAAUGACGUUGACACGUUAUGAUUCAUACAAAAGUAAUUCUCUACAAAGGUAGGAACCGCAUUGACUACCAGUACUGAUUAGGGUUAAGCCAUGAGAAUAGUGAUUAGGGUUAAGGUGGCUCGAUACAGUUUGUCAGGGUCAAUACCUCCCAAGUUUGAGCGUAAACUACGACGCCAUAAACAAAGAUUAGGAAAAAUUAACACCACAGUUGUAUUAGAUAAAGAUGAAAAUUUGUUAUGAUCAGGGUUACAAUGAGAUCGGAGUUGUCAUAGCAACGAAAUGACGCCAUUACCUAUUUUACUUGCAGCAGUAUUUCUCGGCACUGGGAACUGUUCUUCCAAAAUCGUUUACUAGAGCUUUUACCUACGAUAGCUGCCUCGAUGUUCGUGAAGUUUAAGCGAAAUCUGUAAGAGCGUUAUCGAGAUAUUCUGGGAUGAAGUUUUUCUGGUUAGAAAUACGGUAAAAAAUGGACAAUCUUGAUGUUGGACUGUUAUCUGUACUAAACGACGCGCUUUUGACAUGCAAUUUCACCUCAUAGUAGUUUCAAUCUUUUUAAAAACGUGGGUGAAAGAUCAUGGAGUUGCCUUCAGCGGAUUGCUAGAAAGAAGGAUUUGAUUAGUACGUAUCGGGGCGCUCUUGUUAGCCGUAAUGUAAACAUUUCGGUCUACUUUAAAAAAUUAGCGAAUAAUUUUUAGACCGCUCGAUAAAUUUUCUAAAAAAUUUACAAGUGUUGAGAUAAACCGUCCUUUUAUUUGACCUCUUAGUUUCAAGAUUAUUGAUAUAUUGUAAGGUAGUAAAAUAAGGGCUACAAUUCGCUAAUAUUUUGUCAGAAAUUUUGUCUUUACAAGUGAGAGCCUCUUAUUAUUCAGGGGUAUUGUCUCAAAGUUUCAUUUUCACGUGAACAGCAGUAACUAACAAUGCAUUUGACAUAUGCAAAACUGCUAGCUAUUGUUGUGCACGAAAAUAUGAAACUUGGAGACAAUAGCCCUGAAUAAUGAGAGGCUUUCACUUGUAAACACAAAAUUUCUGACAAAAUGUUAGCGAAUUCAAGCCCUUAUUUUACUGCCUUACAAUAUAUCAAUAAUCUUGAAACUAAGAGGUCAUAUAAAAGAAGGGUUAAUCUCAAGACUCUUAAAUUUUCUAAAAAAUUUAUCGAGCGGUUUAAAAAUUAUUCGCUAAUUUGUUAAAGUAGACUGGAAUGUUUACAUUACCGCUAACAAGAGCGCCUUGAUACAUACUAAUCAAAUCCUCCUUUCUAGCAAUCGGCUGGAGGUAUCUCCAUGAUCUUUCACCCACGUUUUUAAAAAGAUUGAAACUACUAUGAGGUGAAAUUGCAUGUCAAAAGCGCGUCGUUUAGUACAGAUAACAGUCCAACAUCAAGAUUGUCCAUUUUUUACCGUAUUUCUAACCAGAAAAACUUCAUCCCAGAAUAUCUCGAUAACGCUCUUACAGAUUUCGCUUAAACUUCACGAACAUCGAGGCAGCUAUCGUAGGUAAAAGCUCUAGUAAACGAUUUUGGAGGAACAGUUCCCAGUGCCGAGAAAUACUGCUGCAAGUAAAAUAGGUAAUGGCGUCAUUUCGUUGCUAUGACAACUCCGAUGUCAUUGCGACCCUGAUUAUAACCAAUUUUCUUCUUUAUCUAAUACAACUGUGGUGUCAAUUUUUCCAAAUCCUUGUUUGUGGCGACGCAGUUUACGCUCAAACUUGGGAGGUAUUGACCUUGAAAAACUAUAUCGAGCCACCUUAAGCACUGACUCGAAAAACGGUUAGCUUCUAUUCAGGGUUAAGGUUGAUGCUAUACACUUCCAACUCAAACCACUUCUUCCCCCAAAUCCUUGGUAAUCUAGUGGUUUGGGUGGUGGACUACAGAUUCCAUUCUCCGGGAUCGAAUCCUGCUCGUGCCAUCCUAGACGAAUUUUUUUUCCCUAAACUAUUGAGACAUAGAAAGACAUAGAAAUUUCGUGUAGGAAAAGGGAACUGUAUUGUGAGAGCCACUAAGAGGGAAAUGUCAGUUUGGAGUAUGGAGAUGAGUGCUAACCUGCAGGAUAUGGGCUAGAAGUGGAAUCCAAAUGAGUGUAAAGUUAUCAAUGUCAGAAAGGGCAAGCAAGUUGAACAUGCAGCAAACCUCAAACUGGACGAGACCACUCUGGUCGAGAAACUUAAGAGUGGGACCAAAUACAUGUUUGUGGGUGUGAGAGAGUCCGUGAUGGAAGACGAGAAAUCAGGACUUACAGUUGCAGCAAAGACGUGCUUGGAAAGGCUCUCAACAAUCUGGACAAGCCCUCUGUCUGACGCCAACCGCGUCAAGGCGAAAAAUCAGUUCGCCUUGCUUGUCUUGACGUACCCCAUGUGGACCCAACAAUGGCCAUUGGGAGAACUGCAAAGCAUUGAUAGAGAGACAAGAAAGUUGAUCAGUGAGAAUGGUCGGAGACACCCUCUUAGCUCUACUGCAAUGCUCAAGUAGAUCUUAAACCAGACGAGACAACUCUGGUCGAGUACCUUAAGACUGAGGCCAAGCAUAAUUUCCUGGGUGUGAGAGAGUCCGUGAUGGAAGACGAGAAGUUAACACUUACACACUUACAGUAGCAGCAAAGACGUACUUGCAAAGGUUCUCAUUAAUCUGGACAAGCCUUCUGUCCCACGCCAGUCGCGUUGAGGCAACAAACUCGGUCGCCUUGCUUGUACUUGACAUACCCAAUUUGAACCCAACAUUGGCUAUUGGGAGAUUUACAAAGCAUUGAUAGAGAAACAAGGAAGUUGAUCAAUGAGAAUGGUCGGAGAUAUCCUCUUAGCUCCACUGCAGUGUUGUAUCUUCCAAGCGGCUUAGUUCAUUCCUUUUCUUCUUGCUGUAUAGUGUACAAAUGUAUUACGUGUAUUGUUCUUCGAAGUCAUUCAUUGACCAUUUGGCUAUAGCUAGUCCAGGUAUUUUUCGUUUUGUUAGCUAGUUUUGCUGUUUAGAGAAAGGUGUACUUUUUACCCGGUUAAGUUGUACCGUAAUUACAGAUUUUCAACACAUAAGUUAUAUACUUUUCAAAAGUUUCAACCUCGGGUUGAAGGUAUUCUUUAAAACUUCGAUUCUUAUAAAAGACCGUAAACUGCCGCUGGGCUUAACAAAGUCAAACUGUGUUCCGCGCGAGGGUGUGUUAUCAGUUCUUUCAUUAAAACUAUUAUAUGCAGUGGCUCUUUAGUAUAAUGAAAAAAACCCUGAUUAAAGAAACUUUACAUGUAAAUGAAAUCCGAUAUUUCGUUACAAAUACAUUCCAAAACGAGAGCAAUCAAAUGCACCCUUCGCUGGUCACAAGUCUGAAAUGCACUCUUCAUUCUGUCCUAUAAAGAGAAGUAACAUACUGAAUCUAUAUGAUUUUUAAUUUUAGGCCCACAAGCAAUUUCGUCUCCUAAGGUAAGUAGUUUUAACAUUUUUUUCUCCAAAUCUUUAGUUUUCAUACUGAUGCCGACUCAACAAAAUUUUAAUAUGUAUGCUACAAAAAAGGUUUUUUUUCAAGUGUAGCUCCAUAGUUACUGUUUUCGUUGUUGUUGUUGCUGUUGCUGCUCUUGUUGUAGUUGCUUAUUUAUUUUGCUUUGUUUUAUUAGGUAUAUUUUGAUUGCUUGGCACCUUUUAAAAAUAAACAGAACAAAUGGAAGUGAAAAUUAGGGCAAUAAACGAUUCUACCUUUAAAACGUACAAAAACUAUAAUUUGUAAAUUUAACAGCAUUUCCGUUUAAUGAACUUUUUAUAUUUUUGGGCCGAAGAUCUAUUUUAUAGAUCCGAUGUGUUGUACAUUUUGCAUUGCCUUGUCCAUGUUUCUAAGGUUGGUUUUGUUCAUCCUAUACUUUCUUUGCGAGACAUCCUAUACCUUCUUUGCCCUCCGGGAGACACGUGAUAUGGUGUGAUUUGCUGGAUGUUGGAGUUUAGUGAGGGUCUAUUUUCUUAGCAGAGCUUCUCUGUUUGUUACGCCGUCCUAGCGAGCCACAAUAAUGGUGAAACAGCUGCUCAGUUUUGGUUUCUUUCGUGUCGUGUUGAUGUCUUGCAAAGUUAACUUUCACGUAGUACCAUUAGCUGUUUCCUUUUAAUGUCUUAAGAGUAAGUUUAUUUCAAAAUUGCCCGUUGUUUAAAUACCGACAUCCCGGCCUACUUUGAAGUCUUUGAGGGACCGAGUUUUCGUCAGAAAUAGCGUCAGUUUUUCCUGACUCUUCUGAGUCGACCACGAUAAAAUCGUGAGGUUCCAUAGAAAUGGGUGUCACUACCUCCGAACGUGCCGGAGUGUCAGCAGCAAAAUAUCUAGAACAGGACACCCUUUUAAACCGCAUAACCCUUCUAAAACGGAGGCCACGCCUGGAAGAAAGAUGUCACCCAAAACUUCCUUCAAAUCCCCGCACCAAGGCCGUUUGUGGGUUAAGUUUGAUGUCGGUUCUCUCCUUAGUCCAAGAGAUUUUUCUCCGGGUAGUCCAAUGUUCCCCUUUUCUCAAAAACAAACGUUUCCAAAUUCCAAUUCUACCAGGAAUCAGGUAGGUGAAAAACCACUGAGUGGAUGAGUUACCGCCUUAAAUCGAUACUUUUUAUUUAUUUGAUGUAUUCAUUUUAUUUAUGUACUUAUCCUUCAUUUACCUUUUUAUUCAUAUCAGUACCUCGAGUUCCCAGGUCCAAUGAUCUUUCUGUUAUUAGUAAUCAGCCCCAGUCUUUUUCCAUUUUUCUCAUGCUUUUGUUUCACGAAAUAAACCUUUUUCAGUUUCAGCCCAAUGACAGCGCUCCCGAGGUAAACACCACAUUAGGUACAAUUGUUGGCAAGCUUGAGACGCUACCAAAUGGCAAAACUGUGUAUGAAUAUCUCGGUAUCCCGUAUGCUAAACCACCGCUCAAUGAACUGAGGUUUGCGCGUCCAGAAUCCUUAGAACCUUGGCCAGAAAAAAGGGCAGCGAAGGAGUUUGGAUCGGCGUGUCCACAACCUGAUACACCUAACUUUAAGAGGGAAAUAGGAAAAGGUAAGAGGCGUAUAACAGUAUUAUAUUGUGAGAUGUGUGUCGAGCCAGCUUUAGAAAGCUCUCACGGACGAUCUUUGAUCUUUAAUCGGUUAAUUGCCAAUAGUACAGGCUAAUCGUGGCAAUGGAUAGCACGAUUAGGCAGUAGGUGAUGACAGAUAAGUUUUGGCUAUGGACUUAAACACGGGCAACGAGGGAGCGAUAACAUCACCGUAGAUGGAAGACUGUUGCAGACAGGUAUACAUCGGGGAGGGGGGGACCGUACUUAGAGGCAUCAACACAAGCGGGUAAGAGGUUGUAUGUCAUACUAUGGCACAUUCAAAGAUUCAAAGCUUAAUCCAUAAUCUCAGCGAACGCUACGGUCCGAAAGAAUAUCUGCAAGUUAGGGCUCAAAACGUUUAAGAUAUACCUUUACUUGACUCCACACUGCGUCAUAUUCUUCCUUUCAUUUCACGUUAAAAAUACUUGGGUAUAUUAUUAGGGAUGGACUAAUUGAAGCACAUGUUCAAGGGAGUAGAGAGGUAAGUUAGGUAUUGUGCUACGUCAAGCCCGGGGAGGAGGGGCAACGGAGUACUUGAGCCGCUGAAAAACCCUGACCCUGACAAAGAAUUCCUAAAAUAAAUACUUACUUAUUACCAUGUUUAGGACAAAGGAGAAAAUGUACGCAGUCUUGUUUUAAAGCCAUUUAUUGGCAAUUACAAUAGAACAAAUUUACGUUAUAGGCGUUUGUAUAAUUGAGAGGAAACGAAAUUUAUCUUGCAAAUCAAAUCAAUCGUGCAGGCAAUACCCUGUUGACAGACUCACACGAUGUACACCUUGUUUAGGACAGGGAGGUCAAACACCACACCCUAUCCAGUGGCAUAUGUUCGUAUAGGCCUUAAAAGGGGGUACCUCCCAGGGAGGUCAAGGCAGGUUUGUGACGCACGUCCUGUUUGAAUCAUCAUCAUCAUCAUCAUCAUCACAAUCCUUAUCACCCUCAUCAUCAACUGAGGAAAAGACGUGAGACAUAUGUACGGUCUUCUCAAAAAGAGAAGGUAACUCCCUUACAGCAGAAAUUCCCGUUGUCUUAUUUUACUGAUAUGAAAUUUUUUUUCUUUUUUUUUUUUUUUCAGAAAAUGAGGAUUGUCUUUUCUUGAAUGUGUUUGUGCCAGCAACUAGUAGCACAGAAGGCAAGAUGGCAGUGAUGGUGUGGAUUCAUGGCACUGGUUUGGCCAGUUUCAGUUCCUCCCCUAAAUACCGUGGCUUUUCCAUUGGUUCCUCUACUGAAUAUCCGGCUCACGUUUUAGCAGGCUACAAUGAUGUCAUUGUUGUGACAUUCAACUACAGGCUAGGAAUUCUGGGAUUCUUAAAUAGCGUUCCUGGGACAGAGAAAACGGGAAAUUACGGAAUGUUUGAUCAGGUAACAAGCUUCGGUGAAAAAUGGCCUAUAAUAUGACGUAGAAACACUACAGACAACACCUUGUCCCUCCCAACAAUGCAACGGAGCAUGUCCAAGAUAAGGUGUCCAAGACAAGGCCGGCUAUGGUGUAUUUAAGUGAAAGGCCAAGCUUAUCUUCUUAUUUUUAUUUUUAUUUAUUUUUAAACAAACAAUAGCAAACAAUCCCCACCUUACCAGAAGGGUUAGACUCUGGAGAAAACCUAACCUUUUCCCCCUGGAGCUGACAUUUAGUGUAUAUUUUCUCUAUAGAUUCAAGCACUAACGUGGGUCCAUGACAAUAUUGCCUACUUUGGUGGUGAUCCCGACAAAGUGACUGUGUUUGGUCAAGGUACAGGGGCCACGAGUGUCGCUUUGCAUCUAAUGUCGCCUAAAUCAAAAGAUCUGUUCCAAAGGGCCAUCAUGCAAAGCGGUGCAGCGUCAGCUCCCUACCUACCAAGAAAGGCAGCUAACGAGACAGUACAAAAGCUAGCUGCUGCUGCAAACUGCUCUUUUAACGACAAGCUCAUCGACUGUCUUCGUGGUAAAAGUGCUGAGGACAUCAUUCAGUUGCAAUCUUCGAUCUCCUCCAAAGACGCCAAAGCUCUGAUGGAACUCAGCAACCCAGUUAUUGAUGAUGAUUUUCUAGAAGAAUCUACUCAGGAGCUGUAUGAAUAUCACAAGAAAGGGAAAAAACAACCUCAUUCUCGUUUGAAAAAACUGUUCCCAAAUGUUGAAAUCAUGACUGGAUUUACAACCCACGAGUCAUCUCUAGAUGUCAUUAAUAGGACAGAAGAUGCGAGAAGCAGCAUUUCAAAAACCCUCAAAUAUGGAAACAUAGACAACAAAAUUGUGGACGAGCUGGUUAAGUACCAGUACGCGGAUCUUUCUGACACAAAAGCGAGAGACAGAAUGAUUGAAAGUGACUUUAUGACUGUGGCACCAAUGACGUUUGAGGCAAUCGCUUUAGCUGAGGUAUUCUCAGUAGCCAUAAUAAUCAAUACGUUGACUCAUAAGCCCCAAAGCUGUCAAUGUUUGGACAUGGGGGGGGUAUUCGGGCAUAGGUGCGGCAUUCGAACACUUCCCCUUUCCCCUCUCUGGGUAUUUUACACCACAAAUUUUGAACCAAACUGCAAUUUUAUUACCUCCAUAAAGGGAUAUUUUAUCAAAUUUAAACUAUUCUCCUAUCCAAAAAAAUGAAAAAAAAAUUUCAAAUCCCGCACCUAUGCACGACUCUCCCCCAGGUCCAAACAUCCAAUUUAAUACCUGGAUGAAUUAGUCGUUGGUGCGGUUAAAUUGGUGGUGAACCUUGCAUCGACGAGUAGAAAUCAUUUUGGGCACGCCAUCGAUAUAACUUGGGUUUUUGGACGAAACAGAUCAAUUCAUCCUUCAACUCAAUUCUAUUUUAUAUCCCAAAAUAGUUUUUUCGUUAUUCUUUCACGAGGCAUUGGUUUCACGUCAAACUCAUCGAACACGCUAUAACCCUAUAUUUUCAGUACGGCGAAACAUGUUCUUUUUCAUGACUCCAUAAUGAAAGAAAACAGAUGAAAUUUAUCGCCGGAUAACUUAAAUGGAAGUGAGACGUUUUAACUAAACGAUAAUGAACUGAAGACCGGGAUGGGAAAUGAUCCACUUCUUAAGGUCGGAAUAGGCCAUUUUCACUAUAACGGCAUUUGACUUCAGCUACCAGAACUCAUUUCGUUUUAGCUUUUACUCCAGCUAAGUUUUAAAAACCGGAUUUGUAGAAGUAACAACAAAAGGAAGGAUUCUGGAACUUACAGUUAACUGAUGUCAUCGUGCAAAUGUCGCAUUAACCGUGGUCCGGUUUCCCCCACUCUAUUGGUCCAUACAAACACCUGUACUUUGACCAGUCAAAAAAUACCGAAGGGGCACCAACUGACUCUAUUAAUUGUCUCACUACUCUUUCUUCUCCAGGCUAAAAAGUCUGUUUAUUUCUACGUGUUUGAGCAUCGACCUGAUUUUUCCGAACUUCCCGAGUUGACAGGUGCAUUUCAUGGGGAAGACAUUGGCUUUGUAUUUGGAGCCCCUUUCGCGAAAAUUUCACCUCUGGUAGACUCUUCCACUCCCAAAUAUUCUGAUAUUGAGACGGGACUCAGCAGGUACAUCAUGAAGCUGUGGACAGACUUUGCUAAGUUCGGGUAAGAAGAUCAGAAUGGCGUUUUGUCCUAACACAUUUCAGGCUUUAAAGUCGUCCCUAACAACGUUAACUUUUUGGUUAACAGUUUGUUUGUUUGUUUGUUUUUUACAAUCAGUUAAGACAUUUAAGGUAGGUUUAGUCCAGGAACAUUUGAGACAAUGAACAAAAUUUUAUACUCAUAGUGCAUGUGUCAGUGGAAUGAAACUUAUUUUCUUUUACACGAUCUCCGUUGACAGCACCAACAGGUGUGUAUUUUAAAGGUUUCAAACUAAGUUGGAGAAAGAUUCGUUUUUUUGGUACUCUGCAUUUCUUAUUAGGAAUUCAAUAAUCAUUGCAAUGCUGUUACACAUUUCACUUCCAAUUUAGAGAUUCACGAACAUGAUAGCCUGUUCAGGCGUUCACCUGGUGGAGUUUAGCACCAAGUCACCCUACCCCCUCCCUGUUUUUCCUACUCACAUCUUUUUGCGCCGUCCCACAACCUAAACGCUUGGACAGGCGACGGACAUGGGAGACGACAGCCCCUCUUGGUAAGAUGCGCUUAACCUUAUAGAAUAAAAAGGCAAAGGAAAACUCAAAAGUCCCCCUGGGAAGUCUCAUAAAAGUUCUGCCCUGUAUGUAGAGGGGUAAAUUUUCUUUGUUAAAGUAAUUACGUUACUUCUUAAAUGCAGACUUGUGUGAUCUACGCACGAUCAUAAACUUAGGUUAUUAUCAUAGUGUCAUUAAGUGAUUUUGCCUCGUUUUCAGGGAUCCUACUGGCCGCGAUUCUCCUGUCAAGUGGCCAAAGUUCACCAAAGAAAACCAAUCCUACCUGGCCCUUGACGUGAAGCCCGAGAAAAGGAACCAGUAUAGAGCAAAAGAAGUGGCAUUUUGGAACAACUUCAUUCCAAGGGUUAUAAGAAAAUCUAAAAAGCAUUGCUCGGCAUUUUAA